CGAACCUAUCUCCACGUUGUUUCGCCGCAGCUUAUGAGCAUAUGACGAGCUCGCCAAACCGAGCCGAGCCGACCUCAAGAUCCAGCCCAAAACAAGAACAAGCGGAGCCGAGUCGAGCCAAGAUGAGCCGAUAUUAAUGAGCCGAGCCAGACAGUGACCUUUACAUAUAUAUAUAUAUAAAAAGCUCACCAUCCUUGUCUUGUCUUGUCACCGCAUCGCGCUUUCUAUUUCUUUUGUCGCCUUCCCGCCAAUUAGCACCUCGCGCCUCUAGGGCUCCGCCGCCAUGGCCUCAUCGUUGGCGCCGUUCUUGAUCGCCGGCCCUUCUCGGGGAGGGAUCUCGAUUCCCCAGCUUGACUCUCGAUUCCCGGUCUCGUUGAUGCCUCUUUUUCCCCUCGCGCGAUGCGGUGUGCGGCUUGGAAGGCGAUCGAUUGGGUGUGCUUUGGAUGAUGCUGUUCGGGAGAGUGUUUCCGCUGGUUAUUCCUCAUCGGAGAACAAGCAGUUCGUUGCGUGGUUUCGGCAGGCCUGGCCGUACAUUAGAGGUCAUCGGGGAAGCACAUUUGUGGUGGUGAUCUCUGGAGAGAUCGUGGAUAGCCCUCAUUUUGAUAGCAUCCUUCAGGACAUUUCACUGCUUCAUGGCCUUGGUAUCAAGUUUAUCCUUGUACCAGCGACUCACGUCCUAAUUGAUAAGCUCCUGAAAGAAAGAGGAAGCAAGGUCAAGUAUGUUGGCCGAUAUAGAAUCACCGAUUCUGAUGCACUAGAGGCAUCUAUGGAAGCAUCUGGGAGAGCCCGUGUUGCGAUGGAGGCAAAGCUUUCUCCUGGACCUUGUAUUUUGAAUCUUCGCCGUCAUGGUGAUAAUAGUCGUUGGCAUGAACUCGGUGUUAGUGUUGAAAGUGGCAACUAUCUUUCAGCUAAGAGAAGAGGAGUUGUCAAAGGUAUUGAUUUUGGAGAAACUGGAGAAGUUAAAAAAAUAGCUGUUUCACGAAUACGAGAGCAGCUUGAUAAAGACUGCAUAGUCAUAAUAAGCAACCUGGGUUAUUCAAGCACUGGAGAGGUUUUAAACUGCAAUACAUAUGAAGUUGCUACUGCCUGUGCCUUAGCUGUCAAGGCAGAUAAACUUAUCUGCAUUGUGGAUGGUCAGAUUUUAGAUGAACAAGGACGUCAUAUUCGUUUCAUGACUCUUGAAGAUGCAGAUUUGUUGAUCAGAAACCGAGCUAAACAGAGUGAAAUAGCUGCAAAUUAUGUAAAAGCUGUUUAUGAAGAAGAUUUCAGUUAUUCGGAUCAUCCAGAUGCAAAUGGAACUAGUGAACCUCCUUGGAAUGGGAAAAGUUUCAGUAAGAAGGUGUACAUUACAUUUCAGAAUGGUGUUGGUUUCGACAAUGGAAAUGGUCUAUGGGCAAGUGAACAGGGAUUUGCUAUCGGAGGUGAAGAAAGGUUGAGUAGAUUAAAUGGCUACCUUUCAGAAUUAGCUGCUGCGGCAUUUGUUUGCAGAGGUGGAGUUCAAAGAGUCCAUCUACUGGAUGGCACCCAAUGUGGGGCUUUGCUUCUUGAAUUAUUUACAAGAGAUGGAGUUGGGACAAUGGUUGCUAGUGAUGUUUAUGAGGGAACUCGGAUGGCUACAGUGACAGAUCUUUCUGGUAUAAGACAGGUUAUUCAACCGUUAGAGGCUUAUGGUACAUUGGUUCAAAGGACUGAUGAAGAGCUUCUUCAAACAUUAGAUUCUUUCAUAGUUGUGGAAAGAGAUGGUUCCAUCAUUGCCUGUGCAGCUCUCUUUCCUUACUUAAAGGAGAAGUGUGGUGAAAUUGCUGCUAUUGCUGUAUCUCCUGAAUGCCGUGGGAAUGGGCAAGGAGACAAAUUACUUGAUUAUAUGGAGAAGAAGGCAUCAUCCCUUGGCUUGGAGAAACUUUUCUUGCUUACAACUCGAACUGCAGAUUGGUUUGUGAGGCGGGGAUUUAGAGAAUGUUCGAUUGAGCACAUCCCGAAGGAGAGAAGAGAAAGAAUAAACUUUUCUCGUGGAUCAAAAUAUUAUGUGAAGGAGCUGCAGCCAGAACUGGGCGGAAUCACAGUCGACGUCUUUGGGCAUAGAAAAUAGGUUAAGUGUUCAAGCACCUCGAAGCUAUUAUGUGUUGAUCCUUUCACAUAGAAAGGACCCUAUCCCUCUGGAGUGCGGAUGACCCAAUCUUGUUAAAUUUUCUUUUCUCGAAGCCAUUUAGUGGGUCUUCACUUGUAUGUAUUUUACUUAAUAGUGUUUUAAAUAAUUCUAUUUAAUAAAAAUCAUAUAUUAAAAAAAAUGUUUUUAUUUUA